CCCUGAGUGAUUGUAUUGCGGAGUUCCUCAAGAUUGUUAUGAGAAAUGAGGUCAUUCUUGUUCACUCCUGGCUAACAAAUAACUAAACAAAUAUUGACAAGAGAAUCAUACGCUACGACGUGUCCCAAAGAGAGAUGCGAGAAGAAACUGCCAAACAUAAAGGGUUGAUAAAUCGUCAAUAAAUUGCAGGAAAAUCUGUUCAUUUUCUCAUUAUCUCUCAAAUCAGUCCAAGAUGCUGAGGAAAUGGUAGAAUAAAUACGUUAACACGUGAUGUAUGAAAUCCGGUUUCGUUCUCCGUUCCGAAACAAAUCCAGAUGACCUCUGUUAUACGGAAAGUGUCAUCAGGUCCAGUUGUAGUGAGAUCAUUUGAGAACCCCCUACGAAAUGGCUAUUUCUCAAGCCAAGCUGGAUCAAUUUAUUCGAGAUGGAUUGGUUGUGAUUGAAGAUGUCCUCAGCAUUGACGAAGUGAAUACCCUCAAGGAAAGCUGCCUUCAGCUGGUGCGAGAAAUGGACCCUAAAGAGCACCAUGGUGUGUUUUCGACAACAUCUCACAAUCAGGCUAAGGAUGACUAUUUCUUAGAGUCUGGGGACAAAAUUCGUUUCUUCUUUGAAAAAGACACAGUUGACGAGGACACUUUGGAGCUGAAGUUGCCAAAGGAAGAUUGUCUGAACAAGAUUGGACACGCUCUCCAUUGGUUGGAGCCGAAUUUCAAAAAGAUUACGUUUGGUUCCAAGAUGAAAGAUGUGGCAUCCAGUAUUGGCCUAAAGAAACCAGUCGUCGUUCAAGGAAUGUAUAUAUUUAAGCAACCUCGCGUUGGAAGUGAAGUGACACCACAUCAAGACGGAACCUUCCUCCGGAACGACCCCUUGAAUUUAGUUGGCUUUUGGUUCCCAAUCGAUGACGCCACACUAGAGAAUGGUUGCUUGUGGUACAUCCCUGGCUCUCACAAGCUCCAGGUGUCCCGACACUUUGUCAGGAAUCCCAAGAAGGAAAUGAGCGACGAGCCCUUGAUGGUAUUUCACGGGGAGAAUCCGCCCUUUAACGACUCCGCUUGGGUCGCUGCUCCCGUUAAGAAAGGUUCUCUGGUACUGAUUCAUGGGCAGGUGUUGCACAAAAGCGAGGCCAAUAAUUCAACCCAACCACGUCACGCCUACACGUUCCACAUGGUCGAAACCGACGGAUGCCAAUACUCGAAAAAUAACUGGCUCCAACCAACCCCUGAGCUUCCUUUUCCGUUUCUCUUCGAGAACUAAACUUUAAAAUGUGUUCUGAUCUCGUGGACCGUAAAUUUUCAUCUUGGAGCCUUGUUUUCUCAUUCUAAAACGCUGUUUCGCGUACCCAUGCGCAAGCAAAAAAAGGACCCUUUUGAGAUCGAAAUAAAGCCUCUGGAAUAGGUU